AGUCUUCCUGUUUGUUUCUGUGCGGUUGGAUUGGAUUUUUCAGUCCAGUUAGAAGAACUCUGCCUUCCGAAACCAAAAGAAAGUUCUUUUGGUUUAUACUGUAGUUGCAAUGGCUUCAGGGAAAGAAAGCGGUGGACUUGACAAUCUUGCAUUUAAUAUGGAUGAACGAGUCAAUGAUCAGCCCAGAGGAAAGGAGAGAAAGACAAGUGGGAGCAGCUGUGUAGCAGAGGAAGACAGAAAUAAACCAACCUAUUGUGUGACUGAUGUUCCCCCCUGGUACCUUUGUAUUUUUCUGGCCAUUCAGCAUUACCUGACAGCAUUCGGUGGGAUCAUCUCCAUCCCUCUCAUUCUCGCGGAGGGGCUGUGUCUGCAGCACGACAGUCUGACCCAGAGUCACCUCAUUAACACCAUUUUCUUUGUCUCCGGCCUGUGCACCCUGCUGCAGGUCACCUUCGGCGUCAGACUUCCCAUCCUACAGGGGGGUACAUUUGCUUUGUUGACCCCUGCCAUGGCCAUGUUGUCCAUGCCAGAAUGGAAGUGCCCGGCUUGGACCCAAAACGCCAGUCUGGUCAACACCUCCUCGCCUGUCUUCAUUGAAGUGUGGCAGACCCGCAUGAGAACACUGCAGGGCUCUAUCAUGGUAGCCUCUGUCCUCCAGAUCCUGGUUGGUUUCUCUGGCCUCAUCGGCUUCCUCAUGCGCUUCAUUGGCCCCUUAACCAUUGCCCCCACAGUCUCUCUCAUAGGCCUGUCACUGUACGAUUCAGCUGGAGUCAAACUUGGCAGCCACUGGGGUAUCUCUGCUAUGACCACAGUGCUGAUCAUCCUGUUCUCUCAGUACCUCCGUCUCAUACCAAUCCCUGUUCCUGCGUAUAGCAAAGCCAAGAAACUUCACAUCUCAAAGUUCUAUAUCUUCCAGAUAAUGCCUAUUCUGCUGGGCAUUGUGAUCUCAUGGUUAGUCUGCUACCUCCUCACAAUCUAUGAUGUCCUACCAUCUGAUCCAGCCCAAUAUGGCCACCUUGCCCGUACAGAUGUGAAAGGAAAUGUAGUGAACGAGGCUCCCUGGUUCACAUUUCCUUAUCCUGGUCAGUGGGGCAUGCCAACUGUCAGCCUGGCAGGUGUAUUUGGUAUAAUGGCUGGAAUAAUAUGCUCCAUGGCAGAGUCUGUGGGUGACUACCAUGCAUGUGCCAAGCUGUCAGGGGCCCCUCCUCCCCCCAAGCACGCCAUCAGCCGGGGCAUUGGUGUUGAAGGGUUCGGCUGUUUGUUGGCAGGGGCUUUUGGCACAGGCAAUGGCACCACCUCAUUUAGUGAGAAUGUGGCUGCCCUGGGUAUCACCAAGGUGGGUAGCCGAAUGGUAAUUCUUCUGAGUGGAGUUAUCAUGCUUUUGAUGGGGAUGCUGGGUAAAAUUGGAGCCAUUUUUGCAACCAUCCCCAGCCCUGUGCUUGGAGGGAUGUUCCUGAUCAUGUUUGGAGUGAUAACUGCAGCGGGCAUUUCUAAUCUGCAGUCCACAGACCUGAAUUCCUCCAGGAAUAUAUUUGUUUUUGGUUUUUCCAUGUUUUCUGCACUCGUCAUUCCAAACUGGAUAAUGAAGAAUCCUGAUUUCUUCAAAACAGGUGUUAAAGAAGUAGACCAAGUGAUAAACAUAUUGCUGACCACUCAUAUGUUUGUCGGAGGGUUUCUUGGCUUCUUCCUAGAUAACACAAUUCCUGGGACCAAACGUGAGCGUGGCCUCUUAGCCUGGGACAAAGUACAUGUAGAGGACUCUUGCAGCACCUUGGGAACUGAAGAGGUAUAUGACCUCCCCUUUGGCAUAACCUCUCGCCUCUCGACCCAAUCUUGGGUUCGUUACGUCCCUUUCUGCCCACGGAAGGGCCACAGAACUCAGGACGGGUCUGAAGACAAUAAUGUGCUGCAGGGCCGAGGGAGUGAACAACUGCCUAACGGCACAGGGAUCAUUAGUGAAUUUAAACUAUAAGGUCUGAACUAGAGGUGGAGUAAUACAAUACAAUGAUAAAAAUCUUAUUUAGCAAAAAUCUUAUCUGCCUCUCUUUUUAGGUCACAUGCUGUUUCUUAUCCAAAAAAGGUCACAGAAAUAUUGUUCUUUACACCGUCUAUCAUUAAUUGAUUUUCCUCAUGUGCAUUCAUGUGUUAUUCCUCUUAACUAAUCAAAUUAAGAAAUGU